AUGACCACCACCGAGGGAAUAUCGGGGAGCGACGUUCACACGGUGGUCGUUUCUGACCCGAAUGGAGCAACACUGACCUUUGUUGACACUGUCGACACGACCUCCGAGACACGGAAUCGCAGGGUACGGGUUGUAGCCGCUCUGGGAAUUGAUGCCUGGCGAGAAUCUGUCACUACAAACCUAGCGCGAGACACGUUGGCUCCCGGUACGGGUUCGAGCGACAAUAGUGGGAUUGCAGUUGGAAGGGUAGAAUGCGACUUGGGGCGCGUCCUGACCCUUCCCGUUCAUGGCUCCGUUGCAGAGGCUCUCAACCCCGUUUUGUUAGUAACCCUUAAUGGAAGUCAAGAUGCACCUUGGUCCGCAUUGCAAGAAAAGGUAAAGAAGUCAGCUUCCCAUCCACUGUAUGGGCAUCGCUUGCAUAUGGAUUCGUUUGAUCAUUUGUCUUUCUCAGGGGUAUGCAGUCGUCGAGCACCUUAUUACUUCCAUUUCAUCGAUAGGCGAUGGUCUGAAGAGCGGAUAAACGCCGCAGCUAAUAAAGUCGUAACCGACCCCCGUUAA